GUCAUAACUUACACCCAAAAAAUGCCGUUCGAAUUCUGCGUCUUGCUCUCAACAGGUACAAGUGGCUCAACACCAUGCUCUCUGUUCAUUAAUUCCCACUCUGCACGAAACGCAUACAAAUAGUUCAAAAACCCCUCAAAACCGUCCAGAAUCUGUCGAGAUCAGACCAACCGCUUGCCACCCUCACAACAACGCGAGGCAGUGAUCGCCCUGUUGCAUACCGUUGUCUCAAAUUUCGCUUUGAAGAAUCAGGAGGAAUUCCUCGGUAUUCAGCAUGAGUAGAAAUAUUCUCAGAAUGGAUGGAGAGGCGGAGACAAAGGCGAGUGGCAGUCGUCGUCUGCGGAACGGAAGGACAAGGAGCAGCGAGAUUGGGGAGAAAACAAUAGCUCAGGAAUCGACGCCCGAGGCUUUGAUAGCGGAAAAACGAGCCCAGCUAGAGCGCGUGUACGACAGACAUGAUACUAUGGUCAGAGAAUUAUUUCAUAUGGAAAACUUUCGUGUGAUGACGACAUAUGACCCAGCGGAAGCAAAACGGGAUGACUCGUCCAUUUUCCGAGAGUUUAAGUCCCGUUACGACCUCCUCGAAAAGAUUCCUAACACUUCAUCUGGCCUGCAGAGAAGAACUCGAAGCACGCAGAGCGACAGAUCCUCUUUUUUUGGUCCUUCCAUCUCAGCCCCCCUUCCAAAACGUAGAAAAAUUGUAGCGGCGGAUACUGCAGGGAUAUGGAAUAUCAUCACGUCUGCUAAGAUCAAAGGGAAGGAAAAAGCAAAUGAAGAUGCCGUCACCGAACCAGUUGAGGCUUCAGAGUCAAUCUCCGUUAGCAAGAAGUUUUCGCGAGGGAAGAGGAAGAGCAGCACCGCGGUGGAUUCCAUAAGGACGACAGGCUCCGGUGUUGCCAUCCCUUCUGAUGGAAAUACUGGUGCGACACGAAAGCGCCGGAAGGGUGAAGUGGGUCCUACGAUGGAAAAUAAUACGCAUGAUCCUGGUGGCCUCGCACCUAUCCUCAAUCCACCAUCUACUUUUCCCAGGAAUCACAUUCCGCCCCCUAGUCAAACAUUGACGACAUCACCUUCUAAUAUCAAAAGAAUCAAACUCAUUGUGCGAAAACCGCCGCCACUGCUUUCAAAUCCACGUCAACGACCUCCUCCCCCGAAGUUCAACAAUUCUCUUGCCAGAGUCGUAUCAUCGUUCUCUUAUUGGGAAGAAGUAGGAAUAGAUGCUGAAAGCUUGGAUCGUCGAGCUCGUGAAGAGGCCACGCUACUAGAGCGAGCUGCCAGACUUCGUCGAAUGGGGCGAUUCCAGCUGGAUAUCGCUGAACUUGGGCCGGAUAUCAAUUGUGAUCCUCAUAGAACUGGAUAUCAAGGGAGGCAAUCGAAGGACGUUUGGGAAUACCUCCUUGAGGAUGUCGCCCGAUACAACCGCAUCAGGAGGAAACGACCGUCAGGCCAAGCCAUUGCCAACCAAGUAGCGUCCAAGAUCCGCAGUUACUGGGAAUUGCAAGCUACCAAACAGGAUAAGGCAAAAGCUCAGGAAGAGAAACGGUUGAGAUCACUGGCCAAAGCAACUAUCAAGAUGGUCACUUCGGAAUGGCGGAAGGCGGUCUUUCAUAUACGCGAACAAGAAAGGUUGAAAUUAGAAGCUGAGGAAGUGAGAAGAGGCCAUGAACAUCUAGACGCUAUCCUUAACCAGUCAGGUCAAAUUCUUGAAACACAACAGGUCGAGUUGUCUAGACAUGAUUUGUCACGCUCCUCGAGCCAUUCCCGGAGUGCUUCCGCCUCACUUUUAUACCCUAUGGAGUCCGAGGAUGAAGAUAGUGAUGAGGAAGAACAUGACAGUAACGAUAGCGAGGAAGAUGGUAGUGCAGGCGGAGGUGAUGGAUUGCAAGAACAAGGUGAUAAUGUUGAUAUUGAUCUCUCGGCCUUGUACGAAGGUUUCAACGACGAUCAAGGCAGAUCCAGUCGCUCGCCAGCAAUGUCUGCGUCAGGACCUUCGCGUCAUACAAGUCCAAUCCGCUCACGUUCAAUGUCCACGACUUCCCUACGUUCACAGCCACAUGAGUUGUCUGCGCAAGAAGACACGAUUUUGCUCGCCAGCUCCCCGAUACCUGGUCCAAUGAAUGCGAAUUUGAAUACCGCCGACCUAAAACACGAUACUCGCACACCUCUGUCUCAUAGUCCCAGCCCCCCCUCCGAUGCUGUAGUCACACCACCUAAUGAUGUUCCCGUUAUACAAUAUGCCAAGGAGUCUUCAGCACUGUAUUCCUCAACAAGCGACGAAUCUGUGACAAUCGAACCCUUUGUCAUUCCUGAUAAACCAUCUAUGAAUGAUACCUCCAGAAAACCGCCGAAUGAUGACGUCCCGAUUGUGGAUGUUCCCCUCAAAGGUCAGCAAUCUAGAGCAGAAGAAGAAUCUGGACCCAAGGAUCCCACUGUUUCUAACGUCCGGGAUGAAACCGCACAACACAACGAAAGUGAAGAGGAGGCAGAAGACGAGAUACCAGAAUAUCUAAAACCUUACUCGGUCGCCCCUGUCAGGUGGGAUCCUUCCAGUAAAAUUACUCAGCCACUACUUCUGCGGGGUGUCCUACGUCCCUACCAGUUUUCGGGCUUGGAGUGGCUCGCGUCUCUUCACACGAACAAUCUUAACGGGAUAUUGGCGGAUGAAAUGGGUUUGGGGAAAACUAUCCAAACUAUCGCUUUAUUGGCUCACCUCGCCUGUAAUGGGGGAAUCUGGGGUCCUCAUCUCAUUAUCGUCCCGACCAGUGUCAUUCUCAAUUGGGAGAUGGAGUUCAAGAAAUUUCUUCCCGGUUUCAAAGUCUUGAGUUACCAUGGGACCACCAAGCGUCGAAAGGAGCUCAGACAAGGCUGGAGCGAGAAACAUCAUUUUAAUGUGUGUAUUACAUCGUACACUUUGGCGAGUCGGGAUGCGCAUAUUUUCAAACGGAAACCGUGGUACUACAUGAUUUUGGAUGAAGCACAUAUGAUAAAGAAUUUUAAGUCGCAAAGAUGGAAUAUCCUCCUGAUGUUUCGCUCUUUUCGGCGCCUUCUUUUGACCGGAACUCCUCUGCAAAACAACCUUACGGAGCUAUGGGCCCUCUUGCAAUUCUUGAUGUCGGGAGCGAACUUUGCUAAUCUGAAGGAGUUUGGGGAGUGGUUCUCUAAUCCUCUGGAGAAGGCCAUCGAGAUGGGAAACGUAUUGGAUGAUGAAACUUUGCAACGGGUUAGCAAGUUGCAUACAGUGCUUCGACCAUAUCUCUUGCGACGGCUCAAACGCGAUGUCGAGAAGGAGCUCCCGAGCAAGUAUGAGCAUCUUAUGCUGUGUCCCUUGUCGAAACGCCAGCGGUAUCUCUACGACGAGUUCAUGUCUCGUGCGCAGACACAAGAUGCAUUGCAAUCUGGUGUCUAUCAAAAAAUCGCUAACAUUCUCAUGCAGCUGCGCAAGGUGUGCAACCACCCAGAUCUUUUCGAAGUCCGACCUAUCGUGACUUCUUUCACGAUGGAACGUUCCGCAAUCACGGAUUUUGAGAUCAAAGAGCUACUAGUACGACGUCGACUACUUGAGGAAGAACCAGGCUUGAACAUGGAUUUCCUCGGACUUCAGUUCGUUGGCCAGCAGGAAACGUCGUUGAUGUCUGCCAUCGAGACACGACGAUUAGACGCAUCUUCCCUAUUCCCCUCUGAUCCCGAAUUCAUGUCAAUUCCUCCUCCUCCCAAAGAUACCCGGACCAUCGUUGGCUUCCGCGCCUAUGAUCGAUGGCAGCGUCGUGUUCGCGAACUGUCCUACUGGGAGCACCUUUCCUACGUUAACGAAAAGCGCUGCUCCCGAACACCGAUAUACAGCUCUGAGAUGGUCACCGUUGUUCGUCGAUUGUCGAAACCUCUCGUCCCGUUGACUGCUCUGGAUCUUCGCCUGUGUUACAUGAAUACCGUUCAAAAUAUCAACGGGGCAGUUCGGUCGUAUGUCGAACGAGCUGAGCAGAUGGCUAGUGUUGUGGACCGUUUCGCGUUUAUCACACCCACAGUUGUUGCCCGAGACCUUCCUCGGAUUGCGUUAUCUGGGCACGAGGACGUGGUACAGGAACAGCCUAUCGGAUUCGAUGAUGUCUUGCAUCGGGCAGCUGUCAAGUUGCAGAUCGCCUUUCCAGACCCUUUGCUGUUACAGUUUGACUGUGGAAAGCUUCAAACCCUUGCAGAACUAUUACGGGAGAAAAAGGCCGGCGGUCACCGAGUGUUGAUAUUCACUCAGAUGACGCGCAUUUUGGAUAUUCUUGAAACUUUUCUAAAUUUCCACGGCUAUCUCUAUCUACGACUAGACGGCGCGACAAAAAUCGAGGACAGACAGUAUAUUACGGAACGAUUCAACGCGGAUGCUCGAGUGUUCUGCUUCAUUUCGUCUUCACGAUCCGGUGGUGUCGGUAUCAAUCUUACUGGUGCGGAUACUGUUGUUUUCUAUGACAGUGACUUUAACCCGCAGAUGGAUCGUCAAUGUGAAGACAGAGCACACCGAAUCGGACAAAUCCGUGAUGUCCAUAUCUACCGUUUUGUAUCGCAACAUUCAGUUGAAGAGGCCAUGCUACGAAAGGCGAACCAGAAACGUUCGUUGGACGAUCUUGUUAUCCAGAGGGGAGAAUUUGACUGGCGAUCUCUCUUCGACAAUGAGACUGCAAUUACUAGGGCACUUGGCGAGUUUGAUGACACUGAGGAUGCUCGCGCAGCAGAGCUGGCGGCUCAAGAGGCGGUGUCACUGGAAGGUGCGGACAAAGUUGAUUUCGGAGUAGACGGGGAAGGUCUAGGGGAGGCGUAUCCGGGAGAACAUCGUACUCAGGUCCCGGAACAUUUGGGGUCGUCGGGAAAGCAGGAUGCAGAGGCUGACGUUGAGGAUGAACCCGAGGGAGAAGACGAUGGCGGGACGGUGGUAGAAUACAUGCUUGCCUCUGUUAAGCGUGACUAUGAGUUUUUCCAGGACUGGCGUGUGUAGUCGUAUUUUUAUUGAUUUCUCUUCUUCGGAUUCCUGUAGGCAAAAAGUGCCAUUGUUUCUUCGUAAUCUAGUCAUGUAUCCCUGUGUUGACCGCUGUACG